AUGAAUUGGUUCUAAUCUCCCACAGAAGAGCAGAGACUGAGCAACACCGUGUUAUUAGCUGCACGUCACGUGGGAACCUGUCCCAAUUCAGCCGCCGUACAACUUGUGCCGGGCGCCGCUUGAUGACGUUUUAAAGACAACAACGUUGCAGAGGCAGUGAGAGCUGAUCCGAGGAAGAGACGGAAGAUUCCUAAUUGGAUUCCUAAGCAGAUCCAACAGAAGCUGCCAGGAUGGGGGAGAGAAAAGGAACAAACAAGUAUUACCCUCCAGACUUUGACCCUGCCAAGCAUGGCUCCCUUAAUGGAUACAGGAACAGCCACCCCCUGCGAGAGAGAGCGAGGAAGCUUUCCCAAGGAAUUCUUAUCAUCCGGUUUGAGAUGCCCUAUAACAUCUGGUGUGAUGGCUGCAAGAAUCACAUCGGAAUGGGCGUACGCUACAAUGCAGAGAAGAAGAAAGUGGGGAAUUACUACACGACACCCAUUUACAGGUUUAGGAUGAAGUGUCAUCUGUGUGUUAAUUACAUUGAAAUGCAAACAGAUCCAGCCAGUUGUGACUAUGUGAUAGUGAGCGGAGCCCAGAGGAAAGAGGAACGCUGGGACAUGCAAGAUAAUGAGCAGAUACUCACCACUGAACAUGAACAGAAGCAGCGCCUGGAGACGGACUCCAUGUUCCGGCUGGAGCAUGGAGUUCAAGACAAAGCCAAGCUGCAGAGAGCAGCCCCUUCUCUUUCUGAGCUGCAGGAAGUACAAAGUGCGUGGAAAGAUGACUUUGCCAUAAACAGCCUGCUGCGGAGUAAAUUUAGGGAAGAGAAGAAACAAAUAAAGGAGGAGGAAGAGAGGGACCAGGCUCUGCUUACGAAAGCAUCAUUGGACCUAAAACUGGUCCCGGAGGUGGAGGAGGACAAGAAAAUUGCGGCUCUGCUGAAAUACCGGAGCUUGGAGUCCUAUGAACAGAAACAGAAAAAGAAGAGAUCAGAGAUCUGCAACCGGUCCUGGUUUUCUCCUGGAGUAGACAGCGGGCAGCAGGCGCCAGGAAACACAAUGAGGAAAUUAGGAAUCCGACCUAAAACCCCUUCCGUUCCAGGGAUCAGCCCUGUGUCACUGGGAGUUGUGCGACGGACAUCCAAAGAGGAGAACAAGGCAGAAGACAAAUCAGUGGAGUCUCCGGAUGGCAGCCGUAGCCGUAAAGCAGAAGGAAUGUGCAGAAAGGAAGAGACUGGGUGUAAAGAGGAGAUCACAGAAAGGACUCAAUCUGAGUGUAAACUCAAUACUGAACUAACACUUACUACAAGCACAUUGGCAGCUCAGGGGCAGACACCUACAAUACACACAGUCUCCUGCCUUGUGCCUAACUAUUCCGACUCCAGUUGUGAGAGUGAAGGCUAGGGAAUCUACAGGCGGACUCCUAAAAAUAUUCCGUUUCCAAUAAUAAAUGUAUUUAGGGCAGCAGAUGCGUGUAUUUUAUGUCCAAAUGCAAACGUUUUGCACGGCAGAAUAUUGUGGGAAAUAUUUAGACCUGGCUGCUUUUUGCCUCCUGUGGGGGUUGCUGACUCUUGCUAAAUCAUUAUUACUACUUUAUAUAAAGUGUGUCCAGCUAUUAUUGUACUACAGUUCCCAUCAUGCAUGCUGAAAUGUAGGCAAAUGUAUUUUUCACCUGCAAUGCUGACUUCCACCAGAGAGGGCACUGCACCCUUGACUGAUACUGUUCUGGGAUGAAGCUUGAUUGGUGGGCUGCUAUGUUCUAAAUAUGCAAUGUACAUGUAAUUGGGUGCAGAGUAAUAAUAAAUGGGAUAAAUACUA